AUGGCAGCUGUGCCGGUGCCACUGAUCAAGAAGGCGAUAGCAGAGUUCCUCGGGACGUUCAUCCUGAUGUUCACCCAAGUGUCCGCCAUCAUCAUGGACGAGCAGCACGACGGCGUGGAGCCUCAUGGCCUCAUGGGGAUCGCCGUGUCCGUCGGCCUAGCCGUCACGGUGCUCGUGUUCUCCACCAUCCACAUAUCCGGGUGCCAUCUGAACCCUGCAGUCAGUAUUGCCAUGGCCGUGUUUAGCCACCUCCCUCCGGCUCACCUCGUCCCUUAUAUCGCCGCGCAGGUGCUAGGCUCCACCGCUGCCUCGUUCGUGGGCAACGCGAUCUACCACCCUGUGAACCCCGGGAUCGCAACCGUCCCGAGAGUCGGCACGGCGGAGGCGUUCGCCAUCAAGUUCAUAACCACGUUUGUUCUUCUGUUCGUCAUCACUGCAGUUGCCACGGACCCUCAUGCCGUGAAAGAGUUGAUCGCAGUGGCUGUUGGUGCGACAGUAGUGAUGAAUAUUCUCAUUGCUGGACCGUCAACAGGAGCAUCCAUGAAUCCAGCGCGUACUAUUGGGCCGGCAAUUGUCACAGGGAGAUACACUAAGAUUUGGAUUUAUCUCAUGGCUACACCACUGGGUGCUAUUGCUGGAGCUGGAGCAUAUGUUGCAAUUAAGUUUUAG